GGCUGAUAAUGGGAUCUCAAGUGAUUGCAAACCAGACUCCUUCUCUAUUUAGUGCACGCAGAGUGUAAAGCCUCCCAGCCUUUUAGGCUCUUCCCCCCUUUAAGCAGCUGGUAGCUAACUGAGGAUUGUUCACGUGUGAAAAGUUCCUCAGCUGAAUGCAAAAGAAAGUAGCACCCAGGUGCUAACACAACACUUAUUUUGCUUAUUAUCAGCAGUUGUGACAUAAACACUAGCUGGAGGCAGAUUGGGGAUUGCUCCUUCAAGAGAUGGGACUGCUGUAAAAGUGAAUGAAAUGAAAUCUCAUGACUGGAGCUGGGUGAAAAUACUGCCUGCUUGAGAGCAGAGGGAGAUUCCUCUUGACAGUGUGCAUUCCACCUGACAAGGUUCUUUUUGAUGAUGGAUAAACAAGCAACUGCUAAAUUAUCCACUGCUUUUUCUUUGGGUGCUGUCAGAGGACACAGGAAGAGGGACAGAGCGUUACAAACUGCAAAACUGAACGCUUCUUUGGCAUCUAAAAUCAAAUCUAAAUUAAUAAAUAAUUCAUCAAUGUUGAAAGUAUCUUUAAAACAAAAUAAUAAAGCAUUAGCUCUGGCUUUGAGCGUGGAGAAAGAAAGUUCUCGGAAGCUGAAGAAUGAGAGGAUUUUUCUUCAGAAAGAAGUAGAAAAGCUGCAGCUUCAUAAUAUCCUGCUUCGUCGAAAACUAAGCUGUUUGAAUAAAACUCUUAGAGAAAUAGGAGCAUUUUUGAGUGAUAACCUGUUAAAUGCAAUAGAAAUAAGCAGUCUUUCUGAGAAUCUUCAGAGUUCUUUUCCUCUGUCAGACAGUCCACGUAGCUGUACUGAUGACCAGGUGAAGAGUAUGUGUCAGUCAGCAAGAUCUGUAGAAUUGUCGGUGAAGCUUCCUUUACUUGCAACAUCUGCUGGAAAACAGCAAGAAAAUCAGUUUUGCGCAGAACUAAGCAGUAAUAGCACGUUCCUAACUCAUGUCAAUAAUGUACAACCUCUAAGACAGUCUGAGGAUUUCACAAGACAAGAUGACAGUUCAUUGCCAUUCUGUGGAAAUGUGACUGAAAGAAAGAAAUGUGCAACACAUCAUGGGUCAAAACCACAACUUACUGUAAAGGAUUCUGGUAGAAAAUGUAGCUCAAAUCUUCCUCCUCAUGGUAGCAGCAGCAAUGAGGUGAAUGUGAAGGAAAGUCCAAGUGAUUUGCUUCGCAUUAUUCCUUCACAACUUGAUUUUAGCAGUGAAUGUAAGGAGAUGCUUCCUAUUGAUGGGAUAAAACCUGAAGAAACUGUUUAUGAUGCUGAUAUGGAGUUGACUGCCAGCGAUGAAGGUAAACUGCUCACAGUUGCAUCAAAAGACAAAUUACAUAAAAAUAAUAAUGCCAAUUCUGGUAAAGUAUUGGCAAAUUUCAGAAAAGUAAAAUAUUCUAAAAGUGAGAAAGAGAAAAUUAAAAACAAGACUGAAGUCAAUUCAAAUUUUUAUGCAGAAGAAAACCAUGUUAGGGCUGACAGUAACAUUUCAAAUAUAACUGACCCACAAACUCAGCUAUUCCAAAGUCAGACAGAACAGCUACCUACACAGAAUUCUACAGUGAAACAGAAUUUACUGAAUACCAAUAACUGUAAUCAAAACCAGAAUUGUCUAAGUAAGGAUAAAGAUACUAGAAGAACAUACCUAGUUAGCUUAGUGCAUCAAGAACAAGAAUCGAAUAAAGAAAAUUCCUCAGAAACAUUGGAAGAUGUGGAAAACAAAAUAAUAAAAGCAUCAUCAAGCUUAUCUAGUAGUGAGAUUCCACCUCAAGUUUGCUGUGCUGAAAGCUUGGCGUUCCAGGAUAACAGCUCUACUGUACUACCUUUACAGCAGGACUUUCCGCAUGAAAACAAGAACAGUGUCAGACUGCUGAGAAAUGGGAAGACCUUUCAAAACCCUUCAAAAAUGAAUACAGCUAAACACUGUAAAGUUGAUAAUGGGAAGUAUGAAGAAUAUGGUUCAAAAAAGUCUCAAACAGACAGGUGCAAAUGUGACAGCAAGAGAAAACAAUACCAGAAGAAUAUUAUAAAGAGCAAAUGCAACAAAGAAGGUGGUUACAGACAAAGAGAAACUGAAAAUGACAGUGUUAAUAAUAUUAUUCAAAAAGUAGAUCAAAAGAGUGGUAAUUUUUCACCAGGCAGAUUAAAACACACGUUGGCAAAGGCUGCACGUAAAACAUAUGUAGUACCAACUAAAGAUCUUACUACGUUCUCGCUUUGCAAAAGGGAAGAAUUAGAAAAUAAGAAUGCAUUGUGCACACAGGCUGUUCAUGGAAAUAAAAUAACUGAAACCCAGCAAUCUCAAGGAGCUUUAGUUGCUCAGAAUGGUAUGGCAAUGAAUAUACCACAAGCUAAAGCCUCCACAGGAAAUGUUGACAGCAAUGCUGAUAAGUUAAAGAGAGCAGAUUCCUCAUCAGCAGCAUGUGAAGAAUCUAACAUUAGUAAUUCUUGUGACAAUCAAGUGAAAGAAAAAGGGAGCCUUAAUUCUGGUAUCAUGGAGAGCAGACAAAAAAAGAAUUAUUUCAGGCAUACUGAUCAGGGACAGCUGACUUUUUUGGAUGACCAGGAAGUCUCUCAUGAGAUGGAUUCCUUUAUGAACAAGUUAAAGCCCACAGUGCAAAAAUUAGAAAUUUUAGAAUCGUUACCUGUUGAUUGUUCUAAGAAUAUAACAGUCAGUACAGGUAGCUUUUUCCAGAAAGAUUUUUCUGAAAUGAAGCCCACAGCUCUUGAUAAUCUUAAUGCUUCUACGAACUUUAUACUGAAAAAUUCAGAAAUUUCAGGAAAAAACGGUCAAGAUAAAGCACCAAUUUCUGGAAAAGCAAAGCAAAAAUCAGAUCGUAUUUCUAAAGAGAUUUCUGAAAAAACUUUGACACAUUGUCAUGGGAAAACAGCUUUGCAAGAUGUGACAAAUACUAGUGAGUUUUCUCACACUUCCUUACCUAAAUCCUCCCAGAUUUUAGAAGAAGACUCAGCAGAACCGGUGAGACGAGGAAGAGCUGCUAUUUGCUACAAAGAACCCCCUCUAAACCGAAAAUUAAGACGUGGGGAUCAGUUUACAGAUACACAGUUUCUGCACUCCCCAGUCUAUAAAGUAAAAAAGAAAAGAAGCUUUAAAAGUAAAUCAAAAUUUAUUUGAAGAAGACAAGAGAAUUGCCUUUAUGAACAGCACUUCUGAAAUGGUACUUUUUUUUUUUCUUCCAAAAAUCUAUGGUUUAGUAGUACAGGAUGCUUAUUGUUCUUCAAUAGAUAAACAGAAAACAAAGACUGCAAAGCGGAAUUUCUCUCAGAAAAGACCCACAGCACAAAGGACAUAGAACUCUUCACCAAAGAAAGCAAAUUCAGGUUAGGAUCCAGUCUCGUGUUCUGAAUUUUUGCUCAGUAAUUUAUAAUCUUUUCAAAGUAUUUGCAGCACUUAUUAAUUUGUAAGAAAAGUGUAAGUUUUAAUGAGAAUUAAAAGCAAUCACGUUUGGGAAUUACUGUGAUUUCUUUGUAUAUACUAUGAGCAGAGUAAUUUAUCAGUGCUAGCUGGAGCAGAUAUAAGCAUCCUAAAUAUAGGUGCAGAGAGCCUUGGGUGUGGUUGUUUUUUCCU